GGCUCUGCAAGCACAGUGCGACCCUAGACAUCCUCCUCCAGGACUUCAUGAUCACUAAGUAAGUAGUAAGUCUCUAGAUCCGUUAAGUCUGUGCACUUGUCAGCCUCCUCAACCGGAGGGCUAAACGCCGGAGUCAGCCGUUCGCUCAGACAUGGACUCUGGUGUUCUUGCUAAUGUUGGUCCGUUUGCAUCGUUCUAAGUAUUGUCUGCUUUGCUUUUUUGGCUUCAAAUGUCUUCCGGGUCGCCCUCACGUAUCCCUCGUCCCUCAGGUCGUCCACCUUCCGGGCCAAGCUUGCCGUCCCCGCCGUCGCUUGAGAUCGCCACCGUCCUCGCUCAAGCAGGCCCGUUCGACGAUCUCAAGUCGCUCGUUCCAUCGUUCACAGUCAGCACAUCAGAUGACGAAGGUGACUUGGAGGACGUGCCGCCCUUCCCCAAGGAUCACCAGCCACCUAUCUUUAUCAUCCAGGGCCACCGUGCUCAAGUGCCAUUUGCUGUUCGUCCAGGCGUCAUCGCUCUCGGAGACAUACAUGCAGAUGAAUACACCGCUCGUAUCGUUCUCUCUGCGCCAACAAUACCGCGCAUGAACUUGGUCAUGAAGGAAGCGCUCUUCAUGAACACUUGGGUCGAGAGGCUAACUCCUCAGCGUCCCCCUAGGCACGUCCCCUGGACUAGCGAUAAUCCUGUUCCUAGGCGCAAUUGGAUUUCCGAAGGCUCCAUCUUUCCGGCCGAAACCAUGAAAUCGCAAAACGGGAAGAUACGACAAGCACGGGUAGAUCAGCGGAUCCUGAAUGGGCCUUCCAAAGAAACAGACCCUCAGUCUCCGCCCUGCACUGCAAGCAUAAUCCGAAACCAUAGGGAGACUGCUGUCAUUUCGAAGGAAAGCCCUGGGCGCCAGGCAGGGUAUAAUCGGUGGUCCGUUCACGUUCCGACGAGUGCUAUCAAGCGAGAAACAGCUUCAUCUGGACCAGGACCCAGUACACCCAUCCGCGGACAAAAGGGGACACGGGCACAGUGCUCCUCGGACAGUCCCGUUCUUGGAUCUUGUUCUGAUAAGACAAUAAAGCAACUGACAUCAACAUGCCGCAAGUCAUCUCGCGCGUUGCCACAACUCGGUUCUACUAUUAAUUCCCUAGCUAUUCGAAGAGGCAAGAAGGUGUCUGGUUUGCAACUCAAGGAAGUAGACAAUAUGGAUUAUCCUGAUAUUCCGACAGCCUUCCGCGGUUCUCCGACUGUUUGGUCUCCGAAAUUCGAUCCUGCCGUUCCCAGCCCCAAUGGCAAGCUUUUCACCGAUCACGGUAGCAUGCUAUCAAGCCUCAGAUCGCAAUAUGCUGCACUUACGAGUGGGAUCUCUACGCCUACGACGCACAAAAACAAGGAAUGGCAAGAUGCAUUUAUUGACUCGGACACGGACUCUGUAUCGUCGCCAUCAUCCUCCCGUGACGAUGAGUGGGCCUUUGAGAAUGACCUCGAUCUUGACCUUCAAGGCGCCGUCGACAAUGUGUCUCCUACUCCGACAUCUUCAUUCACGCCUAAGAUCGCACCAGAUAAGCCGAGGAUUUCUCUAAACUUUACUCCAGAUCGUUGUUCUACUCCAACUCGUUCUCCCACACUUCCUAGUCCGCAGUCAGCAAUCCCUGCCGUCAAGGUUUCUCUAGCGCCUCUGACUGGUCCACCACGCGUCCCUCUUCCGCCUCGUCCUGUUUUAAUUAGCCCUUCCACCCCUCCGCGGGUGAAAGGAAUUUUAAAGAAGGUCAAGAGCGUCCGCUUCGAGGAUAUCAGAGGCAGUCAAGAUGUGAGCCUACUCGUCGCGCCAGCACCAGAGUCUUCAACAGUAGCAAAGCGCCCUUCUCCUCUAAGGAACAGCUUCAUGGCCCCUAUCGAUGGCGCUGCACCGGCAGCAGACGCAACUAAGCCUGCGAAUACUCAACCAGGGACAGGACCUACCGCACUGCAGCCUAAGGCAGACCAGAAGCCUGCCAUCAAGAAGAAGCCACACAUGAUGAAGUCCAAGCUCGUUCCCAAGGGUACUAUACUCAGCUCUCAUCGCAUGUCUGAGGUGCCCAUUCUGAAAUUCGUCGACACCAAUGUCCGCCAGGAGGUCCCACCUGUACCCGAGCUCAACGCGCCGGCAACCUCUACUCCUGGCCGCCAUAACCGUGUCGCCAGUACAGAAAAGGAAACCGGGCAAACCGCCCUCGCUCGUGCACGCAAGCGAUGGUCGACGAUGAACGAGAACGAUCUUAGGAUGGGAGUCGAGGGUACUGCACCCAAGAGCCGUCUUACUACGCCUCUGCGGAACAUUUUCAAGUUCAAAUGAAUUUACAUAUACCUGUCGUUACUCUUACCCCCUACAUUCAUUAUUUCAUAGUAUCGCUCUUAAAUUAUGCUUGAACCCUU